AUGGGAAUUGGGCCUAUUAAAGCCCAAUUACUAAUACUAAAAGAAAGUAAACUCAGAGAAGGGCCCAUAUCCAAGCAUACUAACGGCAAGGACGGUAUAAAGGUGCACGCCGGCGAGAUCGAUUUGAACGGUGACGGCGAAUGUGACGGCGAAGAAACCUUCCGGGGAAUCCAGAUUCCGAUCAGAGCAUCUCUGGAGGAGGAAGAGAUCAUCAAUGUUAGUUUGGGAGAAAAUGAUAUGUGGCCAAGCGAGAAUGCAAAGGAAGAAGAGGGAGGAUUAAUACUUCAAACAAAGCUCGAAAAACUCAUAGGUUGUGGUGCGCUAAAUUAUGCUAGGGAUCCCGGUGAUGUAACGGUGGAAGCAACUAUACUUACAAGUACUGAUUUGAUGCCGAAGAUUUACCAGAAUUGUGUUACAGGAAAUGCCGAAGAUUUACCAGAAGAAGUCUUGGCUAAGAAUAAAGUCCUUAUCUCCGCAAUUGGCACCUGA